CCUGCUCCCGCGCUCAGUCAUCGCAGACAUGUCGUGGCGGACGAGUGGAUAUAGUACCGGAGUGCGCUGUCAACGGUAUCCGGGUGGCCGGUACCAGGGAAAAUGGCUUGGCUUGCAGCCUCAUGGCUUUGGAGUAAAGCAAACGAGCAGCGGACUAGUGUACGAGGGUCAUUGGCAAAAGGGUCAACGGCAUGGCAAGGGCACUCUGCGUCGCAAGGAGCUCGAUGGCCGCACUGAACGCAUCUACGUGGGUCAGUGGCGGGAGGACAAGCGGAGUGGCGAGGGGAAGCAGUUCUAUCCGGACGGAUCCGUCUACUUUGGUCAGUGGCUAGCGGACCAGCGAAGUGGUCAGGGGAUCUUGUGGCAGGCGGAUGGCGGCAUCUAUGUGGGCGAGUGGCUCCUGGACAAAAUGCACGGAAAGGGUUUACUUUUCACGCCAAGUGGGAAUCGCUACGUGGGUCAAUUUGAAGGAGGCUGCAAAUCAGGAUCUGGUGUUUAUUACCAUGGCAGCAAUGGCCAGCGAAUUCAGCGCGGAUUUUGGAGCAACGAUAUCUGUAUAACGUCACUACUAUCCCUGCCACCAAAAGCAAAUAUUUAAUUUCUAGUAACACUUACAUACAAUAUCUAUUUAAAUACCAAGACAUUUUCAAUAAGAAUAAAUAAGAACUAAGGAGACUACU